UCCCCCACUGGAGGUUCCAGGGAAGAUUCCCAUCUUCCUUUCUCAGAAUCCAGUGCAAACUGAGCCCCUCACCUCCUUCGGGACCCCAGGAGCUCCCCUCCCCCCGCCCACCCUCAGAAUCCCUCCCCAGCUCUGCGUCCUUUGCACCUGUUCUGAGCCCCGUCGGCUGCGGCCUCUAGGAUGAUGAUGUGGUCCAACUUUUUCAUGCAAGAGGAGGACCGGCGGCGGCGGGAGGCUGCGGGCCGGCGGCGGGCUCAGGGGCAGCACCAGCUGACGCCGGAGCUGGAGGGGAAAAUCAAGCUGGGGCUCCUGCUGAGCGCCGUGGGCUCCACGCUCGCUGUGCUGGCCGUGGGCACCGAGUUCUGGGUAGAGCUCAACACCUACAAGACCAAUGGCAGCGCUAUCUGCGAUGCUGCCCACCUGGGGCUCUGGAAGAUGUGCACCAAGCGACUGUGGCAGGCCGACGUGCCCGCGGGCAGAGACACCUGCGGCCCCGCAGAGCUGCCUGGAGAAGCAAACUGUACCUAUUUUAAAUUCUUUACCACGGGGGAGAAUGCGCGCAUCUUCCAGAGAACUACAAAGAAAGAGGUAAAUCUGGCAGCUGCAGUGAUAGCAGUGCUGGGCCUGGCAGUCAUGGCCUUGGGGUGCCUCUGUAUCAUCAUGGUGCUCAGCAAAGGUGCAGACUUCCUACUCCGAGUUGGAGCCGUCUGCUUUGGCCUCUCAGGUCUGCUGCUCCUGGUCAGCCUGGAGGUGUUCCGGUAUUCCGUGCAAGCCCUCCUGCAGAGAGUCAGCCCUGAGCCUCCCCCGGCCCCCGCCCUCACCUAUGAAUACUCCUGGUCCCUGGGCUGUGGUGUGGGGGCCAGCCUGGUUCUGCUGCUGGGGGGAGGCUGCUUUCUCCUGCUCACCCUGCCUCCCUGGCCCUGGGGCUCCCUCUGCCCCAAGCAGGGGCACAGGGCCGCCUAGAGCCACCACUGUGCCUUCUGCAAACUCCUUCUAAACCUUUCCUUUUCCCCAUUUUAUGCCCCCAAAUCUGCCCCCCCCACGCCAUCCUGGAGAAACUGUGGGGCACACAUGGUGUGCACAAACCUGCCUCAUCUUUUCCCUCUUUGAAUAUGUUCUUCUCUGUGGCUGAAUUGGGAUGCUUGGGGGUAAGAUGGGGAGAGGCUUUUUGCAAACGAGGGUCCCCAGGGAAGGCUGGGGGGGACCUGAUGGGGUAACUAGGGAGUGGGGUGGAGGGAUGAGGUCAGGCGGUCUUGGGAGCGAGUUGGACCGAUUCAUUUCCCAGAUCUGGAUGUGUUCACUUGUGGGAGUGACUUCUUCCAACUAAUUUGAACCUUGGGGAAACAGGGGAGGGGGCGGGGAAAUCUUUGGGUCUGACCUUGCUAUGG